UUUUCAACAAAUAAUUAUUUAUAAAAAAAAAAUGCCUGAGUAUACAUCAGAAGAGAAUAAAACUGAUAAGGAAUUUUGUGAGAUUAUAGCUUCUUCGAUUACGGAAAUUGUCCGGUCAAGUUUGAAUCCGUCAUUUAGACAACAGUACUUCAACGCUUUGCAGGUGACCAAUUCGACUGAUGCUCACGAAUAUGUUAAAAGUACACUUUUGGCCCUACUAGACGAUGAAAAUUCAAAUUUUUCUGUUCGCCGUCAGUCGUCAAAAAUCGCGAGUUUAUCAAAAACGAACAAACAACUAAAAAUAGAACGCGUCGACAACGAGGCAUACUCAGAAGAAGAAAGCGCUAAUGGACUUUACACGUAUGAUUUUGCAACAACGGAAUCAAUUCAGUAA